AUGAAGACUUACUUGAUUACUGGAGCCAACCGAGGAAUUGGACUCGGAUUAGUAACUGAACUUGUCAAAAACCCUGACAAUAAAGUUCUUGUUACUGUUAGAAAAUCUGCCAAUAUCGAAGCCUUAGAGGCCUUGGGUUCUAAUAAUCUACAAAUAUUCUAUUGCGAUAUUGCUGUUGAAAAGGAAAUGGAUCAAGCAUUUGAAGAAAUUACCAAAAAAGUCGAUUCCAUUGAUAUUGCCAUUUUGAAUGCGGCUUACAUUGAUGGGAACAUGAAAAGCCCAUUAGAGCUUACCGAGUCUCAAGAAUCUUGGAAAGAAUUUACUACAGGCACCACUAAAAGUAUUGAAAUCAAUGCUUACUCCCAAAUUUACCUCACCAAUAAACUUAUUCCUUUAGUUGAAAAAUCACAAGAAAAGAAAAUCAUUUUCAUUUCCACUUCUUUCGGUAACGAUGAAUUCAUUGAAAGAUCGAGAAUUGAUAAUGUUCUUCCAUACUCACUUUCCAAAUCUAUGACUAAUACAAUUGUUGCUAAAUAUACUAACAUCGCUAAACAAAAGAAAAUGACCAUCAUUGCCUUAUGUCCCGGUAUUGUCAACUCCAAUGGUUUAAGUGAUGAGAUAAUGGCCGGUUUUAUCGAAGGUUUUAAAGCUGGCUUUUUGAGAAAUAACGAGGAUUUUGUUGGUAUUCAAACAGUUGAACAAGCUUGUAAAAAAUUUCUCAAAGCAGUCGAAUUUUAUGGUCCUAUUCAAAGUGGUAAACUUUUUAGCACCAAUGGAUCAGAGCACAUGCUGGCCUAA